CUUUACUGCGCAUGCUCUCUGUUAGACAGUCGCAUGGGACAAACAUGGCGCUGUGCGGGAGGUCAUUGCUUCUCGUCCGGUACCGGGCAGGAAUUUUGACCCCUGCCAGACUCCUUAGCGAUGGCGAGCCUACAGCUUUCAAGCCGCCUGUUAAACCAUUAAUUAUAGAUAAGAGAGCGUCACAGGAAUCCCAGAAAAGGUUUCUGAGCCCAGAAUUCAUACCCCCUCGAAGCAGGAAAAACCCUCUGACGUACUAUGUGGAAAGACAAGAGAUGAUCGAGAGGAGAAAAGUCCUGAACAUUCCCGAGUUCUACGUAGGCAGCAUUCUUGCCGUUACGGUGGCAGAACGUCAUGCAAACGGAAAGAGCAGCAGAUUUGUAGGAAUCUGCAUACACAGAUCUGGGCGCGGCCUGGGAGCCACCUUUUUGCUGCGAAAUAUUAUUGACGGACAAGGAGUAGAAAUAAGGUACGAGUUGUACAACCCUCUCAUCCAAGACAUCCAAGUCUUGAAGCUGGAAAAGAGAGUGGAUGACAAGUUAUUCUACCUGCGGGACGCCCUCCCCGAAUACAGCACUUUCGAUGUUAAUAUGAAGCCAAUCAUUUCCCACAACUCAGAAGUUCCAUUGAACCAGAUGCAAGUGAAGAUGAGGCCACGACCUUGGUCCAAACGUUGGGAACAGGAAAAACACAACAUUAAAGGGAUCAACUUCGAUUACUAUCUUCUGGAGAAGCACAAGGAGAGAGCCAAGAAGUCGGCCAGGCCGUGGGACAAGUUUGACAUGUUGAAGGAAUACGACACCAGCAAAAUAGAAAAGGCGAUAUUAGAGGAAAUCAGCCAAAAACUAUCACAGCCUGAUGGCAGAACCAGCUGAAGAGCAGGGUUCGACAUGGCGUGGAGAUUAUUAUAUGUAUCAUGUGAAUAAAUGGUUUAUACAGACGUGCUCCAUUCAUUCGGGAUCACCACUGUAA